ACACACACACACACACACACACACACACACACACACCCGCAAACACACGCCCUUUUCAAACACGCACAAGUCAACCUCAAGGCAAGCUGUCAGAGGAGUCCAGGAUGGACCUCGAGGCGCAGAUCGAGGAGAUCGCGUCAUCGGCCCAAUUUGGAGACCUGAUUGAGUUCUCGUACCCGAUCGGCUACUCGCACUGGGGCGUGUACGACGACGACAAGCAUGUGAUCCACUUUGCUGUGGCGGACGAGGGCCAGCUCAUGUACAACUUCCGCACCUCUCUCCAAACCAUGUUCCCCCUUUGCGGCGACCUGCUGCUGGGCGCCACCUGCAUUCGUCGGGUGCCUCUGUCCGAGGUCACCGUCCCCAGUGGCGUUCACAUCCUGAUCAGCAACAACCGUCACGCUUUCAAUCCGUCCUCACCCGAGGAGAUGAGGCGGCGACGCGACGCCCUGGAGGAUGAGGAGCUCACCUACAAUCUCUUCUGGCUUAAUUGCGAACACUUUGCCACAUUCGUGCGCUACGGGAAAGCCGUCUGCAACCAGAUUCCCACCAAACCCAAAAACGUCGAGACCAAGUCCGCCACCAAAGCCUUCAAUAAGAUCGUUGAUGCCAAAUACCCAAACAAAGACCCUUCCUAGCCCCACACAAGCACUCUCACACACAUGUGUCACUUGCUUCUCCUUUUUAAUGAUCAUUACCGCCAUCUAUAGGACAAGAGUGGAACACAUGAUGUUUUGGCUUGUUUGGCCUUGACGGAGGUUCAGGUUGUCAGAUUUUUUUAUUCUUUUUUUUUUUUUUACAUUGACUGCCACUAAAGCGUUUACAUAAUAAAGUGGCCACUGCACUGAGGUUAACGUAACAGACAACAUUGGGAGUCCACACCGACCUGUAAAGUAUCUCUGAUGAACCUCAAACAAAGUUCAAUUGUUCUAGUUUUUUUUUCUUCUGAGCAGUCGCCUGAAAACUUGACUAUGAUGCUGCCAUCGCUGUCCAUCACUGCUGGGUGUCACAUUAUAUCAGUUGUUUAUUCCAAAAAGAUUACUUUUUUUAUUAUUAUUAUUAAAUUGAGUUGUAUGGGCUCAGGUCACAUAAAUGGUAAGAAAGGUUUCGAUAUAAUUAAUCUUGGUUUCACUUUGCUACUUCGCAAAAAAAGUGGUUUUUGAACAGCAGUGGGUACACGUUCCAUAUGCACUGAAUGUUCUCAACGUUCGCUGAUGUGAUUUAAGGUGUCGGAACAAGAUUGUAAUGCAGUCCAACCUGCUUGAAUAAACGUGUCUGACUGG